GUCAAACUAAACAGGAAGAGAAUGCUGUGGAGGAGGACUGAUCUCACACACCGGUGUGUAUUGUGUCACACAGCUCUCUUGUUCAUGAUCAGAACCGAAUGGCAGCGACACAUUGCGACUACCGGUUCAUCUCGACUGGUCAAGAUGGCGUCAGUAACGUGAAGGAGAGCAGCACGCAGACGGAGGGCAAAGUGCAAGGUCAUGGACCAAGACUGUCCAAAGUCAACCUCUUCACAUUACUGAGUCUCUGGAUGGAACUUUUCCCCAGAAGAGAAUCUCAGAGACGAGACAAUGCAUCAGUGCAAGUCACUGGUUUGGUGGUGGUCCAUGAGCAAAGAAUUCUGGGUCUUCAUUGUUCUGGAGCGGAGCUCCAUGCCGGCCAGGUGGCCGUUAUCAGACACGGGUCCAGAUUAAAGGGUUGCGAUCUUUAUUUCUCCAGAAAGCCGUGUUCUACCUGCCUUAAGAUGAUAAUCAAUGCCGGGGUGAACAGGAUCUCCUACUGGCCUGCUGAUGCUGAAAUGAGCCUGCUGUCUGACAAAAGCGAAGCUACAGGUUCUCAUCUCCAGGAGGCCGCUCUGGACGCAGCAGCUGCCGAGAGACUCAAAUCCUGCAGCAGGCUGCACAUCUGUGUGCUGCUCCAGCCUCUUGCCAACUCCAUGCUUCAGUUUGUAGAGGAGACGUCCCGCAACAGUGACUUUCUGAGCCGAAUGGCGGCAGAUGAUCCCAGUCUAGAUGUCCCUGAACUCUUCAGGAAAGAGUGCUGGAGGAACUGGAAUAGGUUUUCGAAAAUAUUUGUGAUUGAUGAUGUGGAGGUGCACCAAGAGCUGCUCAGUAAGAUGAACCUGGAGAACUUUUGCACAGAACCAUAUUUCAGUGAACUGCGACAGCACAUGAGGGAUCUGAUCAGGAUUCUGGCAUCUGUGGCUGCAAGUGUUCCCGUUCUCGAGCACGAAUAUGGGUUCUACGAGACAGAACCUACAACUAGUGGAUAUAGGACAUUAUCUCAGGAUGUUGUGAGACACUGCAUCAUCCAGGCAGCAAUACUGUCUUACAGAACAGAAGAUCCAAAAGUUGGAGUAGGCACAGUGAUUUGGGCUGAGGGCAAAUUGCCUCAGUGUGAUGGCACAGGGAACAUGUACCUGGUUGGAUGUGGUUAUAACGCGUAUCCUGUGGGCUCUGAGUAUGCCGAGUUUCCUCAGAUGGACGACAAGCAGGAAGAAAGGCAGCGACGCAAAUAUCGCUACAUUAUCCAUGCUGAGCAGAACGCACUCACUUUCAGGAGUGCCGAUGUGAAGGAGGAAGAAAACACAAUGCUCUUCGUCACUAAAUGCCCAUGUGAUGAAUGUGUACCUCUGAUCCACGGCACCGGCAUCAAACAAAUCUACACCACAGACCUGGACAGUGGGAAAGUCAAACACGACAUUUCCUACAUAGGUUUCAACCGGCUUCGUGACAUCCGCAAGUUCAUCUGGCAGAGGUCAUCUGUGGUCAGAAGUGCUUCUGAACAAACUGCUACACAUUUAUCAAAUGGCAAUUUGAAGAGCAGACGACAAGGUGAUGUGGAUUCUCAGUGCAAUAAGAGACUGAAAAACUGAAGUACCGGCGUUCUUACUUGCAAGAGUUUACAGAAAAAAAAAAUACCAGGCUACGUGCACAUAUAGAGACGUUAAUGAUGUGAAAAACUACACCACAUCUUCUAAUUAUGUUUACAUACACUUUAUGGGAAAGGGUUUGUGGACACCUGACCAUAAUAUUCGUGCGCUUUUUGAAGAACCGUUAUAUGGCAGGAAAAAGAAGGUGUCCCAAUACUUUUGUAUAUUGUAUAACAUGCACAUCAUAUCGAACGUGUUUUCCGAUCAUUUCCAAUAGUACUUCCUUUUACACAUUUUUUUUUGCCACCGUUACACCGAGGACAGUCAUUAUAUAAAGUCCACUGAGCAUUCGCUUGCAUGUAAAACAUUUCAUAUACACACUGCCUUUUAGUGAUUAUUCUAUAAUUAAUAAUAAUUUUGUUUGUGUUCAAUUGUUUAUAUUUGGUGAAAGCUACGACAUUUGGAAUUCACACUAUUUAUUUCUGAAGGCUGCACCAAUGCCAGAAAGCCUUAUUUCUAUGUGAUGGGUUUUGUUUUCCAGUGCUACAUUUUCUGUAUUUCAUAUAAACGCAGUUACACAAUGAAGAAGAAGAUUGCUUUUAACUUCUAUGAGUCACAAUGUUUUAAUUCGGACAUCCUGCUGAUUGUUUGUCCACUGAAGAGAUCAGACGAUGAGAGUAAACCUGUGGCGCAGAACAUGAAACCCAAUACACGCUUGCUAUAUUUUUGUGUGUAAACUCAAUUUUACUCAGAUAUACAGUUGAUCCAUCUUCUGUGUCGUACCCAAAAACCACAAAAAAAAAAAAACUCCCAGAGGAUUUCUGAUAAUGCUUGAAUUUUGCUUUAUUUGGUGAUAUGGUACAAUUAGCACUGAAGAAGGUAGGAUGCGACACGGGGUCUCCAUGGGGAACAGGUUCAGACUUCAAAUCUGAAUGUUUCUUUCUGUGUAUGCACGGAUGUGUGGAUAUUCAGUAAAUUUGACUCCAGUAUCUAAUCUA